AUGCAAAUUCUUGGCUCUGUAAAUGUUACUGAUCUCAUCUCAGUAUUUAAGCCAUUUGAUCUUCAAGGCCUGAAACGGAGAAUUUUUAAGAUCUUUUGGAGAUUAUAUGCGUUUUAUGAAAACAUUAUCAAGGAGAGAUUGGAAGAAAGGAAAAUCAGAAUCGGCAAUAUUGGGAAGGAAAGAUUGGACUUGUUAGAUGUGUUAUUGGAUUAUAGAAGUGACAGAGAUGAUGAAUUAAAAAGCUUAUCAAGAAAGAACAUUAAAGGCAUGCUUGCGGAAAUGUUCACAGGCACAGAGACUACCUCAAGCACUUUUGAGUGGGGUAUGGCAGAGAUCCAAAGAAAACCUGAUGCAUACAAGAAAAUAGUUAUGGAGUUGGACCAAGUAGUUGGGAAGGAUCGCACGAAUGAGGCGUGUGAGGUUUCCAGUUACCAUAUUCCUAAGGGCUGCAUAGUGUUGGUGAAUGGUUGGGGGAUGGCUAGGGAUCCCAGUGUUUGGGAAGACCCUUGUGAGUUUAAACCCGAAAGGUUUCUUGGGUCAAGCAUUGAUGUGAAAGGCCAUGAUUUUAACCUCAUUCCUUUUGGGAGUGGAAAAAGAUCUUGCAUCGGAUUGCCCCUUGUCCAUCGCAUGGGGCACUUUUACUUAGCAGCCCUGCUUCAUGCUUUUGAAUGGGAAUUCCCUGCCGACAUUUUGGACAUUGUAGAAGAGAGAAUGGGGCUUGCAAUUCAAAAAGGAAAGACUCUCACUGGCAUUCCUAAACCUAGAUUGUCAGAUUCUGCUUACCUCCACUGA